AUGCCUGUAUAUGUGAAAAUUAGUCGUGUCCUCUUUCUCUUUCCUGGUAGUAGUAUCAACCAUAUGAAACCAGGAAAUAGUACACAAAUUUCAGAAUUUCUUCUUCUGAGAUCAGAGGGACCAGAAUUGCAACCCUUCUUUGGGCUGUUCUUGUCCAUGUACCUGAUCACCCUGCUUGGAAACCUGCUCAUCAUCCUGGCCAUCAAAUCAGACUCUGAUCUCCACACUCCCAUGUACUUCUUCCUUGUCAACCUUUCCUUUGUAGAUAACUAUUUUACCUCCACCACUGUCCCAAAGAUGCUGGUGAAUAUCUAGAUGCAGAGCAAAGUCAUUUCCAAUGAAGGCUGCAUCACCCAGAUGUACUUUUUUGUCCUUUUUGGAGGGCUGGGCAACUUCCUCCUGACUGUGAUGGCCUAUGAAUGCUUCCUGGCCAUCUGUCACCCCCUUCACUACACAGUCAUCAUAAGCCCCAGGUUCUGUGGAUUGCUGGUUCUGGUGUCCUGGACCAUCAGUGUCCUGCAUUCCUUGUUAGAAACCUUAAUGGUGUUGAGGCUGUCCUUUUGUACAGACGUGGAAAUCCUCCACUUCUUCUGUGAACUUAAUCAGGUGAUCCAAUAUGCCUGUUCUGACACCUUCAUCAAUGACACAGUGAUGUAUUUUGCAGCUGUGCUGCUGGGUGGUAGUCCACUUACUGGGAUCAUUUUCUCCUACUCUAAGAUUAUUUCCUCCAUUUGUGUAAUCUCAUCAGCUCAGGGAAAGUGUAAAGCAUUUUCCACCUGUGCAUCUCACCUCUCCAUUGUCUCCUUAUUCUAUUGUACUACCCUAGGGGUGUACUUUAGUUCUGCUGCUACGCACAAUACACACGCAAUUGCAAUAUCCUCGGUGAUGUACACCGUGGUCACACCCAUGCUGAACUCUUUCAUCUAUAGCCUGAGAAAUAAAGACGUAAAGGAGACUCUGAGGAAAUUGCUUGUGAGGGAGGCCAUAAAAUAG